GACACAUGUCCUAAAAUGCCACAGUCCUACAGUCCUACAGCCAUACUUUUCUACUGUCACUUUGACGUGUCGUUGUUUUUUUGCCUGAGAGUUACGCCUGAGAAGAUGUUGUGUUUCAUUAAUUCUUUCCUCGACCUCCUGGAACUGUGUUUCCUGCAGCUCGUGUUGAAUUGGCUGAGGGACUUGGCGGACAGGUGGCUGCCGCCGUUCAUUCUGACUGCCAUCUACUCGGGCAGUGUCAAGCUGCAUAGUCUCUGGACUUGGGUCUACGGCCAGCCGGAGUGGAACGACGUGGUGAUCUUCAACGAGCAGCCCAACAGCAGCCCCGGGAUUCACGCGGAGCCCGUCUGCCGCAAGAGGAUCUGCGAGUCCUGCCGCACCAACCGCAUCUUCCACUACAUCAACCAGGCAAAGUUCAGCAUGGACCUGGCGCUUCUCACUUUCUCCCACCGUGGCAUCUACGAUACCGUCGUGGCAGCCUAUAAACGCGGUGUAAAUAUUCGCGUCGUCACUGACUCUCAGAUGCUGUCGGUGCGCGGCUCCGUGAUCCAACGCCUUUGGGCGCAGGGAAUUCCCGUGCGCGUGGCCUCUUCCCGUACCAUGAUGCACCACAAGUUCGUGAUCUUCGACGGCCAGGAGCGCAUUAUCCAACUGGACAGGGAGAAGAAGAAGACCGUCACUAGCUUGUGGGGCUGCCGCAGUCUGGUGAUGACCGGGUCCCUGAACUGGACCAAACAGGGCACCGCCAGCAACUACGAGAACGUCAUCAUCUGCUCCAACCCAAAUUCGAUUGCCCUAUACCAGCAUGCCUUUGACGAGCUGUGGCGCACCUUCGAACCCCUGUCCACCGACGUAGCGACCUACGAGGACCUGUGCGUUAACUCCGAUGGCAAAAAUCUUUCUUAAAUCUCUAUUGAGAGGCUUCCAAUAAAGGCAAAAUGAAGCUAAUGCUACUAAACAGAAAAGAAA